UAAAGUGCAGGUCAGCGGUGCUGUCGUUAAAUGUGAGUGCGGUUGACUCCACAUUGUUAUUUCAGCGGCAGAAUGACACACAUUUAAUCACCGUGCAAUCGCAAGUGUCUACACAGAUUGGAGCCCUCGUAAAUACGGUUCUGAACCACAGCGCCAUGGAUUUAGAUGAGUUCCGUGCAAGGGGUAAAGAGAUGGUGGACUUCAUCGCAGAUUACCUGCAAUCCAUCGAACAGCGUCCAGUCUACCCGGCGGUGCAGCCCGGGUACUUGCGGCCUCUCAUUCCGGAGAGCGCUCCCCAGGACCCUGACAGUUAUGAGGAGCUGAUGAAGGAUAUUGAGAGAGUCAUCAUGCCGGGGAUCACCCACUGGCAGAGUCCUCAUUUCCACGCCUACUUCCCUGCUGUCAGCUCCUUACCCGGUCUUCUGGGCGAUAUGCUAUCUGGAGCCAUCGGUUGCAUCGGCUUUUCUUGGGCUGCAAGCCCUGCAUGCACUGAGUUAGAGACGGUGAUGCUCGACUGGCUGGGGAAGAUGCUGAACCUGCCUGAAGAGUUCCUCGCUGGGACAGGCAGUGAAGGUGGUGGAGUGAUACAGGGUACAGCCAGCGAAAGUACUCUGGUAGCACUUCUAGCGGCAAGAAGGAAGAUAGUUAUCCAAAUUCAGGCAACCAGUCCUGAUGUUGAAGAAAGCAUAAUCAUGUCUAAACUGGUGGCCUACACAUCCGAUCAGGCUCACUCUUCUGUUGAACGAGCAGGAUUGAUUGGUGGGACCAAAAUGAGAAAGCUGUCCUCUGAUGACAAAUUCAGUCUUUGUGGGGAGACAUUGAAACAAGCUCUGGAAAAAGAUAAAGCUUUGGGUCUCAUCCCUUUCUUUCUUUGUGCAACACUUGGCACCACUCCCUCGUGUUCAUUUGACAAUAUUAUGGAGCUCGGACCAAUCUGUAACUCUGAAAAUAUCUGGAUGCACAUUGAUGCAGCCUAUGCUGGAAGUGCUUUCAUCUGCCCAGAAUUCAGACCUCUUUUAAAUGGAGUGGAGUUUUCCAAUUCUUUCAACUUUAAUCCUCACAAGUGGCUUUUGGUGAACUUUGAUUGCUCAGCCAUGUGGGUGAAGAAAAGAUCAGAAAUUAUUGGAGCUUUCAAAAUGGAUCCAAUUUAUCUAAAACAUGAUCAUCAAGACUCUGGACUCAUCACUGAUUAUAGGCACUGGCAGAUUCCUCUGGGACGCCGAUUCCGCUCUCUGAAAAUGUGGUUUGUGUUCAGAUUGUAUGGAGUAAAAGGACUUCAAGAAUUUAUUCGCAAGCACGUGGCUCUAUCGCAUGAGUUUGAGAGCUUGGUACGUCACGAUGAGCGUUUUGAAAUUGUUGGUGAUGUGAUAUUGGGACUGGUGUGUUUUAGAAUAAAGGGCACAAAUGAUUUAAAUGAAAAACUUCUGAAAAAGAUAAAUGAUGCAAGGAAGAUUCAUAUUGUGCCAUGUCAACUUCGAGACAAGUUUGUCCUCCGUUUUGCCAUAUGUGGACGCACAGUUGAAAGUAAACAUAUCCAAUGUGCAUGGCAAAUCAUACAAGAGUCUGCCACAAAUCUUCAAAAUGGCCCUCAAUAAUACACAGCAUCUCCAAAGCAGCACAUCUUACUUUGUAAAGCACAUUUGUACUAAAUGAAGUCAUUUUAAUUUUAUUUUCAAUUAUUUGUCAAUUUUAUUGAUCAGAAAUUGUCUAAUAUAACUCUAAUAAUCUUUGACUGUGAUUUUAUGGUGAAUUUUGUUUUGUUAUUUAAUGGUAAGUUCGUCAAAUAAUGAGUAUUUAAAAAAAACAAUUAAAUUACUGUUCAUCAUUUGUGUGUCCCACGCUAUCAUUAUGCUUUAUGUAUGUUUGUAUUUGUGAGUCUGAUUGCUACUAUAUGUGUGAAAGUGAUGCUCAUUCCAUACUCAACAAUAGUUAAUUCUACAUCGAGCCUAACUGUUUGAUGGUGUAAUCAGGAGUACAGAGUUAUUGUUGGAAUACAUUAGGUUUUAAACAUUUAAAAUAUAUUUAUUCAUUGCAAUUGAAUUGCAUUGGAAACCAACCAACCAAUUAACGGUAUCAAAUACACAUUGUAAAUGUUAGACUAUUUACAAUUACAAAAAUAAUAAAUGUUCUGCAAACUCUAAA